CCGUGCCUCGCAGCCCGGGGGCGGCCAUGGGGGCCGGGGCGCUCGCCCAUCGCCAAAGCAAAUCAGCUGCGAGAUUGAAGGAGGACAUGAGAAAGAUAGCCACACUUCCACUGAGCAAGCAGAGGGACACGACCUGUCCAAAGGUGUUUGGUGUGAGUCUUCUGGAGCUUCAGCAGCAGGGACUAAGCAAGAACGGCAUCCCAAUAGUUGUGUGGAAUAUAGUUGAGUACCUCACCCAGCAUGGUAUUACACAGGAAGGCCUCUUCAGGGUAAAUGGCAGCAUGAAAAUGGUAGAACAGUUGCGUCUGCAAUACGAGCGUGGAGAAGAGGUGGAACUUGUUAAAGAUGGUGAUGUAUACUCCGCAGCCAGUCUGUUGAAAUUAUUUUUGAGAGAGCUGCCAGAUGGGAUUAUCACCUCAGCUUUACAUCCCAGGUUCAUUCAGCUCUACCAGGACACUAGAAAUGACAUGCAGAAGGAAAGUAACUUGAAAGAACUCCUUAAAGAACUGCCUGAAGCUCAUUACUGCCUGCUGAAGUAUCUGUGCCAGUUCCUGAUAAAGGUUGCUGAACACCAUGUAGAGAACAGGAUGAACCUUUGCAAUCUUGCCACUGUAUUUGGACCAAACUGCUUUCAUGUGCCCUCUGGAUUUGAAGGUAUAAAAGAACAGGAAAUCUGCAACAAGAUAAUGACAAAAAUACUGGAAAAUUACAAUACCCUGUUUGAAUUGGAAAGUUUGAAGAAGGAUGAAGAAAAGCCUGUAUGUGAAGAGCUAGCAAGAAUUAUUUUGGUCAAAAUGGCAAAGUCCACAAUGGAAGGAUCCAGCCAAACGUGCUUAGUGCCACAACCAGGCCUGUCAGGUGGAGUACCUCAAGUCAGCCUCCGAUUAACAGAUGAUGGUUCAUGUUGGAAGGAGAUGGAUUUAACAGAUGAACUCUCCUUCAUUAAGAACGAUACAUUUUUCUCCAGCUCCCAAGAAGAUGAGCGGCCUAUGUCACCCUUCUAUGUCAGUGCCCACGUAUCACAAGUCAGUAGUAAUAUUCCUGCUACAGGAGAGUAUUUAGAGAAGACAAUCCGCUCAGCCGUGGAGCAGCAUCUCUUUGAUGUUCAUGGCUCAAGCGGCCAGAGUUCAGAGGACUCUGAAUCGGGAACAUCUUCAGCCUCUUCUAAUGUGUCUGCCAGGCAGAGGAGGCGACACCACAAAGAGCAGGAGGAAGCCCGGAGAAACAGAGACAUGGAAGUUGUCAACAAAGAAAAUAUUCCCUCUGGAUUCAGCAAUCUUGAAGACUGUAUUCUAGCUGCUCAAGAAGUAGAAAAAUUACAAGACAACAGCUCCGGAUAUAUUAGUGAAAGGAGUAAACCAAAACGGCAGAAAUCCAGCACCAAGCUUUCAGAGCUCAAUGACAACCAGGACAGCCCUGUGAGUAUGGAAAGCUUUAGCUCGUCCAGGCCUAUAGACAGAUCAGGACCUGAUGACAUGGAAAUUUUAUCUGAAGAAAGCAAAGAAAGCGAAAACGAUGAGGUUUUUUUCGGGCACUCUCAGCUGACUUCAAGUAUGAAGAUUCAAGAGCAUCCAAGCAUUCCAGAAAACAAGUUGCAAAGAAAUCAAGAUGCUGAUGAUCAGGAAAACAGCUUUGUGUCAGAAGUGCCUCGGCUGGAUUUGACAGCGCUGUGUGAUGACAACAACUGGGAAGAGCCCAUCCCUGCUCUUUCCUCAUGGCAGCGAGACAGCUUAGACUCAGAUGAGGCUCGCCUUUCCCCGCAGGCCGGUCGCUUAAUUCGCCAGCUUCUGGAUGAAGACAGCGAUCCUAUGCUGUCCCCUCGCUUCUAUGCCUAUGGACAGAGCCAACAGUACCUGGAUGAUACAGAAGUGCCUCCUUCCCCUCCCAAUGCUCAUUCCUUCAUGAGGAGGCGGAGUUCAUCUUUGGGAUCUUACGAAGAUGACAGAGAAGACCUUACCCCUGCACAACUCACCCGAAGGAUUCAAGGACUGAAGAAGAAGAUUAGGAAAUUUGAGGAGAAAUUCGAAGAGGAGAGGAAAUACAGACCUUCCCACAGCGACAAAGCAGCCAACCCUGAAGUGCUCAAAUGGACAAAUGAUUUGGCCAAAUUCCGAAAGCAGCUUAAAGAGUCAAAACUGAAGAUAUCGGAGGAAGACCUUGGACCUGUUGUGCGUCAGCGGAGCAACACGCUUCCCAAGAGCUUUGGGUCUCAACUCGAAAAGGAUGAUGAUAAGAAGCAAGACCUGUCAGAUAAAUCUGCCAAGCCUGCUGUGGAAGCAACCCUUGAUUCUAUCCAGAAGAAGCUGCAAGAAAAACGAACAGAGGCAAACCGACCUGAAGAUAUUAAGGACAUGACAAGAGAUCAGAUAGCAGCUGAAAAAGUGGCUCUUCAAAAAGCUUUGCUGUAUUAUGAAAACAUUCAUGGCAGACCGGUUACCAAAAAUGAACGACAAGUGAUGAAGCCAUUGUAUGACAGGUAUCGCUUGGUCAAGCAGAUCCUCUCCAGAGCCAACGCCAUCCCUAUCAUUGGUUCCCCCUCCAGCAAGCGGAGAAGCCCUUUGCUGCAGCCAAUUAUCGAGGGUGAAACAGCUUCCUUCUUCAAGGAGAUAAAGGAGGAAGAGGAGGGGUCUGAGGAGGACAGCAAUGUGAAGCCAGAUUUCACAAUUACCAUGAAAACAGAUUUCAACGUGCGUAGCUUCUUGGAUCAACUAGAAGAUGAUGCUGACGGCUUCGUUUCCCCGGUGGAUGAUAAAAUGUCAUCUAGGAGCAACCAGGAUAUGGGGCUUUCCAAUCUCCAUGAAGCAUCCAUCCCUGAACUCUUAGAGCAGCUCCAGGAUGUCAGGGAAGAGAAAAAGCGAAUCAGAAAAAAAUUGAGAGACUUUGAAGAUAAUUUUUUCCGACAGAAUGGAAGGAACGUGCAGAAAGAAGACCGCACUCCUAUGGCUGAAGAAUACAAUGAAUACAAGCAGAUUAAGGCCAAGCUGAGGCUGCUGGAGGUUCUGAUCAGUAAAAGAGAUAUUAGCUCCAAGAUCAUGUGAAGGAGGAGAUUGAGUUUGGCAGUAAACAAAGAGGAGAGAGCACCAAAUGGACAAAUGCAUGAAGUGGAUGCAGUGGGAGCCUGGCUGGGGAGAGCUGAGGAGCUCCCUGAGAACUGAAGGGCCAUUUUCAGAGGUGGGAGGCAGGAUGGCUUUCCAUCACUCUCUGCACUUGCUGUUGCCUAUUCUUUCUCCAGGCCUGAUGCCCAAAAUGGAGUUUGCCAGUGUAGGAGAUAUGGAGCUGCGCUGAGUGACUGCACUGAAGGGAUCCUUCUGUUUUGAUUUGCUUACAGAUCCUGUAAUAUUUAGAAUAUCUAAGCCAGCCAUGCUAUUCUUUUUUUCACAGCAUAUCAUAGCAAGAGGCAAAGUAGGAUGAAUAGUGAUGAAAUCAUCAAAUAGCUUCUACUUUAGUUUAACAGACAAGUGUCCUGACUGAUCACAUGUGAAGGCACAUGUCUGAUAGACUGUUCUCUUGUGGCUACAGUAAAGAUUCGCUCAGACUUUUGACGUGACUGUUUGGAGUCCAGCAUCUUCUGUUGCUCUAGAUAAAUGCUGUUGGAAUCUCACAAUCAUCACUGAGAGCUGGUUUGAGUUUCGAUUUUGCCCAGGCUUGAGCUGAGUUUUCUUCUCAUUUUUUUGGUGGCCAAUCAAAGUAGAAGAAAGUACAUACAUCUGUUUGGGAUAGCGAAAAAAAAAGAAAUGACUCAUGCAGCCAGGUUCUUGCCAGCUUGUUCUGCUUCAAAGGUGUUACUGUAACAUUAUGACCAUGUUUGGGCAACUGGGAGGAAAAAAAGGUUUUCAAAGCUUUAAGUCAGAGUCCCUUGGGAUUCUGGUAGCUGAUUGAUUAAAUGGCUGGUGUGAUGUAUCAGGAAGAUACCGGGAAAACUUACACCAUUAGGACGUGUACUUCAUGAUCUGAUACAAACUCAAGAGUCCAAGCUGAAGAGUCCUUCUGGGUGUUGUACAUACUCAAUAGCCUAAAUUUUGUUCUGUUAUGUACAUGGUCAGACUUAAAUGUGGUCUGCGGCAAUGACACUGACAGUGGCAACAGAGGAUGGUCUUUUCUUCACGGUGUGUAUAGGUGGUACAUCAGCACAGAGGAUACUGCAGGGAACUGAAAGUCUAGAGCCAUGCUCUGCCUGUAAAAAGGGCCUGUGCCUCAGGUGCGGGUUUUGGCAAUUCAACAUUUUCAACAAUGUUUAUGACUUUUGGAAGAGAAAGUCUUGGGAUGCUGGAUUCAGUUGUUUGUGUCAGACAGAUGCUGCCUGAAGGAGUGAAAGGCAGCGAGUCUGGGAAUGCAUCAAGCAGCUGAGGGCUCACAGUUCUGCAGUUUCAGGCCACCAGCUCUCACUCUCCCAGUGCAGAGACUUGAGUGCACCAUCUCGCUCUGCCCCAAGCCAGGGAUUGACCCUAACGUCCCAGGGAGAGCAUUUCUAUAGUGCAUUCUUUUGCGUUGAUCCCUUGGAGAGCUAACAUGCAGAAGCCAGAAGGCUGAGAUCAGAUGCAGUGCCAGUUGGUGCAGCCAGGCCUCGUGCAAAUCAUGCUGGAGGAGGCGAGAAGAGGACUCCAAGAACAACUUCUCCCCCUUCCUUUGUUGUAUAGACAAGCGGGCUCACAAAUAGAUAUGUUUGGGUUGUGGUACUUGGACUUACCUCCUUGCACUUGCUGUGGAAACUUGCCAAAACUGAUGGUGAGAGUGUUUUGGUCUCUUUAGGAUCCCAUAAACACUUCAAAGUGGGUGGGUUUGCGCAUACCCGUUAUUAGUCUGGAUAGGUAAGGCAGUGAUGAGCAUUAGUGAAAGCACUUAGGAAGGGAACACACAGAUUUUUGGGGGUAUUUAGUGAUUGCAGAAUUGCCCCUUAUAUAUAUAUAUAAAAUCAGUGAAAAAUGAAUUUCCUAUUUCCAGAGAGUCUGCAGGACUUGCAUACUGACCUGGGGCUUGGCUUCUCAGAGAUGCUCAGUUUCCAUUGCUUGAGAGAUGUGGGGCUGUGCCUCUGCAAACGGGCUCAAAAACUGCUUUUCAAUAUGCUUGACUGGAAGGGAAGCUUGACCAGGGUAAACCGCUGUUUGAACACAGGGCAGCCCAGAAAUGAGCUGUGCCUUUAUCCUUCAGCCUGCUCUUACGGACUCUUUCUCUCAAGAGUCUGUAGUCAGCUCUCCCUAAUUAUUUUAGGUAUAAUAGAUGAGCCAAACUGUCUGUGAUGUCACUCUAGUAGUAGAAGGAUAGGAUGAGAAAGGAUUUGUGUUACCAAAAAUUCCUUAGCGCUGCCUCAGUUUGGUAUUGUUCAUACCCAGUUCAGCAAAGCAAAAAUGUGUGUGGUGAGUGUGUGCCUCAAGCUGGUCUGCCUUUGGGAUUUUGCUGAAUUACAAUGGACUGAAAGUUGGCGCUUUGCUGAAUCUGGGUCCAGAUGUCUUUAUAUGAAUGAGAGAAGCAGUUUCUGUCCUUUCUUCAUAGUCAUACAUUUUUUUCCAGUGGGCCAAGGCUUCCCAGGAGUAUGUUUUCUCUGCUUAUUUUUAAAAGCCUGUUUGCACUGUGUACUGAAAUUAUCUGUUUUGCUGGGUUUUGCCCCUGACAAAUCUUGAUAAAUGAUAUGUAGGGAACAGUCCAUUUUAUUUUUAAACUGAUGAGAUUGUAGCAUUUUCUGAUGCUUAGUUACGGCUGUUUACAUGGUAUAUUGCUAGAAUUUCAGAUAGUUUAUAUGAAAUGUAAGUACGAUUAUGCACUUUAGAGAGUUUAUAUUUUUGAACUUUGAAAGCUAAAAGAUACAAAAACCUGUUAACUGAGAUUGUACAUUAAAAGUAAAAAAAACACACCAGCCCAUUUCUCUUUUUAAAAUGUUCUUAUCAAGUCUUUCUCCGUGGGGAAGAAAAAUUCAUCAUUCACUUAAUUGCAAAGGUAACUGCUAGGAAAGACUGUUGUAGAAAAGUGAAUUUUAAAAUUACAGUCCUGGAGAAACGCAUACAAAUGCUCAAAUUUCUCAUCCUGCAGAUGCUGUGACUCCCCUCUCCCGAGCCUGCCCAGGAGAAAGGCUCCAAGACCUGAGCACUGAAAUGUUGUCUUUGUAUCUCCCACAGAUGAUUUGACUUCCCACUAACCAUAAAUAGCCAGAAAUUAUGUUUACCCCACAGCACACUCCUCUAAGUCAAUCCAAGCAACAUCAAUGUGCUUCGUUUGAUAUUUGUCUAUGCCAACAUUGAUGACUGUUGGCUGAAGAGCAUUAAAUACACGACUGUGUUUUUAAAAGGUGUGAAGUACUGUACAAAAAUCUACUUUGUGUGAUAUAAAUAAGCUGUUAGUACAAGACGACCUGUUUCCGUGUCCUAGAACAAACUGUCUGCUGUAGGGUGGCAGUACAGUCAGCUGGGCUUCCCCUCUGCUGGGGCCGUUUCAGACACGCAUGUCUGUGUGUUACCACACUGUGGUAUAAUAAAUCAUUGCGGUUUAUUUAAAUGAUGAUGCUGAACAGGUUGUGGACAAAAUAAGAUUGCGAGAGUUAAAGGCGGAGGAAAAACCCGUCAUUCUUACAAGUUGCAUUUGGUUUUAUUCUGUUUACUCCUGAGUAAACAGUCAAGUAAUGGAUGUUUAUGUUAAAGGCAGUGAAAUUAAAGCAUCUUAUCUUUUAA